UUAGAAAUUCUUAAUAUUGAACUGAGCUUUUUGAGUUGAUUUUAGAAUUAUAAAGUCUCAUAAGUCAUUAAGUUGUUUUAGGACAAGUCCAAACACGCCCCAUAACUCUGCUGUUGUUUAUAUCAUUUUGAAGUAUUUUAUGUAAUUGUUUUCUGGGAUCCAUGGUGAUGUGUAAGCUGGUUUGGCAAUAUUUAAAGAGAUGAACAAGGAACAGAAGUAUCUUUAGUCUUCAGUCUUCAUAUUGCUUUGUACAAGAGGAAUGGUAGUGGUAUGAGAAUUGGCCUGCUUUUCUCUCUGUACCCAUGCCUGAUUUACCUUAUUUUAUACAUCUUCACCUUCUCUCUCUAAAGUCUCUACUGUCUUCUUUCUCUCUCUUGAUUGUUUGCUUCUUGAAGCCUCAAUAUCUAAGCCAGCCAAGAUAGAAAGAAAGAAAGGAAUAAUACAAAAAGAAAGAAAUCAAUAGUGAUGAUAGUCACGUCCUACCAAUACACACAAAAACCUUCCUUCAAUCCAACUCUAAAUGCCCACAUAGAAAUCUUGACCUUUCUUUCUCUUACAAUUCCAAAUAAAAAUCAAGAAUAAAAAAAAAACCCGAAAAGACUAUUUCUUGUUUUUCAAUUCUUUGAAACAACAUUUUUUUUCUUUUCCCAUAACCAACAAUGACUGAAGUAAUCCAAUCAUCCCCAUCUCACUUCCCUUCUCCUUCAAGCUCUUCUUCCACCCCACGUGUCAACAAUGAUAUCCCACACCAACAACUUCCACAUAGCCCCACUAGACAACAAGAAAUAGACCAAGAACAAGUACAAGAAGAGGAAGAGGAACAGGAACAGGAACAGGAAGAGGAGGAUAGGUCCAUUGAGAGGAAAAUAAGGGAGAGAGAGAGGGAUCAGCUGUCACUUCUUGAACUUUUGGCGGCUGCUUUUAGGAGGUCCGUUGUUGGGUGUAGUAUUACUGCUGCUGGGAGUAAGGAGCUUUGCAACAUGGAGAUUGGGUUGCCCACUAAUGUUCGGCAUGUUGCCCAUGUCACUUUUGAUAGGUUCAAUGGGUUUCUUGGCUUGCCUGUUGAGUUUGAGCCUGAGGUCCCCAGGAGAGCUCCUAGUGCCAGUGCAACUGUUUUUGGGGUUUCAACUGAAUCCAUGCAGCUUUCUUACGACUCCAGAGGGAAUAGCGUGCCCACAAUACUCUUGAAGAUGCAAAGACAAUUGUAUGCUCAAGGAGGUUUACAGGCAGAAGGAAUUUUCAGAAUUAAUGCAGAGAACAGCCAGGAGGAGUAUGUUAGGGAACAAUUAAAUAGGGGAGUGGUCCCAGAAGGCAUUGAUGUGCAUUGCUUGGCAGGUCUUAUAAAGGCUUGGUUUAGGGAACUCCCAACUGGUGUCUUGGACUCUCUUUCACAAGAGCAGGUAAUGCAAUCUCAGUCAGAGGAAGAAUGUGUUAGGCUAGCGAGGCUUCUUCCUCCAACAGAAGCUGCUCUGCUGGAUUGGGCAAUAAACCUAAUGGCUGAUGUUGCGCAACUGGAACGUCUGAACAAGAUGAAUGCACGCAACGUUGCCAUGGUUUUUGCACCAAACAUGACUCAAAUGUCAGAUCCAUUAACUGCAUUGAUGUAUGCUGUCCAAGUGAUGAACUUUCUCAAGACUCUUAUUGUUAGGACACUUCGGGAGAGAGAAGAAUCUGUUAUAGAAUCAGCUUCUGCUUCCAGCCUUGAGCCCUCCGAUGAGGAUGGGCACCAGAAUUCUCAUCCAUCUUUUAUGGAGGCUAAUGACGAAUUCAUUGAAGGGGAGAAAGAAUUUGUUUCUGAAGAACCCGCAAUUGGGAGCCCUACUCAAACCUGUCAACAUGAUUGUACAACUGAAAGUGGAAGUCAUAUUUUCCUGACAUCUAUAGAGAACAUUCCAGGAGUAAAUCAUUCUUUGGUUGAUACUUGUCCUUGUGAAGUUGCAUCUCAAGUAAAUGCAUUAACAAAUGAAAAACUAGAGGGUGGCUUUGCAAAUAAGAGUGGAAGAACUUCCAAGAACAGAACUGGCCAAUCAAGUAAUUCAAAUAUCAAAAAGGGAUCCAAAAGUGUGACUGAGCAAGCGAUGAAGGCAGCAGGACCUGUACAGAAGAGCAAGGGAGUUGGUAUGGUAGGUAGUAUAAAUCCUAGGACAGAGCUGUUCGAAGCUUGGCGGUGAAGGGCUUCAAUGUUACCAACCGAUGAAACAAGUUGGCAUGUUGUGUGUUUUCCUUGGGAAAUAUUGUGUAUGAUUUCUGAGUGUUUCUAUAUGUGUUUAUGGGUGUUCAUUAACCGUGAGCUGCUUUUUCACGUUUAAUAUACUUAAAACCUGUUCUAACAUCCUCUUCUUCAUAGGAGAGCAUCAGCAUCUAAUCUUUUCACCUUCUUAUUGCAAUAUCUUGAACACAUAAGCUGAAUUCCAGCUUUGAGCUGUUGUAGCUCAGUAGAUGUAUAGUAUUUUUAAUAUUUUGACGAGUAGAGUCAUCCAUUCA